AUGCCACGAAAUCAUAGUUUUAAACAAAUUUUAGAUUCUAUUACAGAUUUGGAAAGUGUAGGUUCUGAUAUAGCUGAAACUUCUAUAUCAACCCAACGAAAUACUCCUCAACAUGAAUUAGAAGAUAUAAUACAACAGGAAGGAGAAGAAGAAAGUGAAUUAUUUACAGAACAAUUAGAGAUUAAAUUUAAUAUACAAUUAAACUUACCAAACGAAGACUCGACGGAUGAAGACUUGACAGAUAAAAGUAGUGAUGAAGAGUUUGAGGAAUUAAAUAACGAAUUAAAUGAGAAAUUAGUUAACCAAUUUAAUAAUGGAUCAGGUGAAGAAUCAGUUGAAGAAGUCACGGAAUUAGAUGAAGGAUCAGCAGAAGCAUCAAUGGAAGAAUCAGCUAAUAAAUGG